GAGACUCAUGUGCCUGCCUUUGCCUUUGUAUUGUAAUCAAUCGAUCAACUACUGCCUCUUACAGGCUUUCAUCGCCUCAUCUGCCAUUGCCCUAAAAUCACAAAAUACCCCAAAUCGCAAGUCGCAACUCUAAAUUCGUUUGUCGCCGGCUCUCGGCCACCAGCGGCAGCGACUGUCGACCGACCACAGCUUCUCCUUCGUCCUGUUCGGUGGCUGUUCCUGGCUUCCUGCUGAUCGAUUAAGAAUUUAAGGGCAUCAAGGACAUGAAUGAAUGCUAAUGUAUCUGUAGUUUGUAUGAAUUAGAUCUUGCAUCAAGAUUCAACUGGACAUUGAAGGAAGCAUUUCACUACAAGUUUACAGGUGUCAAGGUCAUGAAAACACCAGCAUUCCCUUGACAAGUAGAAUACACAAAAAUGGAGUCACAAAUUCCCUUUGAGAAAGAGGCUUCCACUUCCACACAACACCAUGAUGAUGUAUUCAUUAAAGACGUAAUCACAUCUGAAACAAACCAUGUUGCUUCUAGUCAGCCAGUGAAAAAAGCAACACGACAAUGGGCAGCUUGGACACGUCAGGAAGAGGAAAGCUUCUUUACUGCACUACGCCAAGUUGGCAAGAAUUUUGAGAAGAUAACUUCUCGUGUCCAAAGUAAAAACAAGGAUCAAGUUAGACAUUAUUACUAUCGUCUUGUAAGACGUAUGAACAAGUUGCUUGGACCCGAACUUUCUCUUGAUGCCAAAAACUCUAAGGAUACUAAUGCUGCCAUGCUUCGAUGGUGGUCGUUACUUGAAAAACAUAGCUGUAAAGCCUCAAAACUUCACUUAAAGCCUCGAAGAUUUAAGAUGUUCUUGGAGACAUUGGAGCACCAACUAUUGAAAGACAGAAAGAAGAAUAUAAGAAAACGAUCUACAGCAACACAAGGAGGAAACGGUUCACAUCCUGUUAAACCACCAAGACAACGCCGUAGAUCAGGUACUGCCCCCACCACCACCACCACCACCACCACAGAUGCGUAUAAGAAAUGGGAGAAGGCUGCAAUAGCUGGUGUUUCUUUAGUUGCUGAUGCUGCUGAACAUUUGGAAAGGACAGCCUUGGAUAAAUUAGCUGAUACUGUACAGGAUUUACAGGGUGGAGACAAAGGUUCGGAUCCUAUUCCCAAAACCAAAAGUAUCAUCCCCCCUGUGCCAAUUUUUCAUCAAAACAUCUUGUCUUCAAUGAAACUUAAACUUCAACUCUUCCCUGUUGAUGAAACUACACGGAGAGCCUUGGAAAUGGACAAUCACAACCCGCAUUUGGAGCUGACUUUAAGUACACGAAAGAAAAUAUCAUCGGUUUUGGAACAUAUGACACGUAAAUGGGGUAGCUCUACUGUAGCAGCAUCUGGAGAAUUAAAACUGGUGCCUUAUGAUGUUCAAACAUCAAAUCUUUCCAAUUCUCAGAAAUGGAAUCAGGAUUCCCUUUUAACUGCUGGAGAUGUAUACGCCCUAAUCGGAAGCCCUCCGGUUUUCCGUUUAAGGUAUGGUUGGUUUGGUAAGGGUGAAGAAAGUAACAAUGGUAUUGGUAUUGGUGGAAGUGUGGGAAUGGGAUUGUCUACAUUGGACUGGGUUGAUAGUCUUACUAACGUAAGUGUAGGUGAUCUGCUCUCUGAGGUAUCUCAUAAUGCAGUAGGUCCCACUCCAUGUCAUCAGCAGAUUUCAUACAGCUGUGAUUCUUUUGAUGCUGCAAUUGCUGCCCACAUUAACAAAAAUCAUGAUGCCAAAAAUAAUGGAUUCCAUUCCACCACCAUUCAAUCUUCAAUUUAUGAUGCCGAGGAAACAUGUGAUGCCUUUUCCUUCCCUAAGAAUAAUACUGACAAACCACAGAUGAUUCCAUCACCCUCUCUCAAUCAGAAAUCACCUGAACCAGAGGAGCCGAAAGAAUGUGAGUUUGAUGAAAAUCAUAUUCCUCCCCCAAAGGAUCUCACCUCACUUACUGAUAUGUAUUGGCCGGAGUCUUUAGGAGCAUUAGAUUUGGAUGUAGCAUCGUGUAGAUAUCAUGACACUGGUGAUGUUAUUUUAAGUGAUAGUCUUGGACUUGGAGGAUUGAAUUGCAGCCUUGAUGCUUUUCAAAGCUGUUCUUUUUUUGGGCUCGAGAAGAAAGACACCACCACAUUAACAACUCUAGGACCUCCUGCUUCUUCCUCACAAGGGGAGGUUUGACUUCUUCUGUUGACUUUUUACUGUUAAUAUAAUAUCCCAUCAUCUCACUUUUAACCUUUUGCUUACUAAAAAAACCCAACACAAGUUUUUUAAUCAUAGGAGACUUUGUUAAUGUUGUACAAAAGUAACUCUUAAUUCCAGGGGUUUCAUGCUCUACAUAUUUGACCCAAGCAUCUUUCAUAAUUUGUCAAGUUGUAUUUACACAUAGAGUUUUUUUUUUUUCGGAUCAUAGAAUGUCUUCUUUCAUAUCAAACAUGAUGUUAUUUUGGUUGUAAUGUAAUGCACUCAGUUCAAAUGUGUUGAAUA